AUGGUCAAGUAUGACAGUUUCUCAUCAAACAUUCACAAGUUAGCUGGAUACAUCUCAUACUCGCGCGGCGCGCACGCCACCACCACGCCGGUUUCGGCCCACGCCGACGAGCUCACGACGCAACCGGCGCCGCCACUGACGCACUCUGACGCGGCGACAAGGGCGACGGCGCCUGCGCCCACGACGACGGGCAAGGCGACCGUGCCGGCGACGACGACGGUGGCGCCGCGGCGCGCGCGCGCGCGGAACUGCACGCCGCCGGCCAUCCAGCAGUUCCCGCGGCCGCUGAUGGGGCCUGCCGCGCGCAAGGACGGCGGCCUCAUCCUGCACAUCAUCGUCGCCGUCUACACCUUCCUGGGGCUCGCCAUUGUCUGCGACGACUACUUCGUCUCCUCGCUAGACCGCAUCUGCGAGGAGCUGAAGCUGUCCCCCGACGUGGCGGGUGCCACCUUCAUGGCCGCCGGGUCAUCUGCGCCAGAGCUGGCCACUGUCGUCAUCGGUGUCUUCUUCGCCAAAGACGACAUCGGUGUUUCGGGCGUGAUCGGCUCGGCCGUCUUCAACAUCAUGUUCGUGAUCUCGGUGUGCGCGCUGUGCGCCGGCGCCACGCUGCACCUCAACUGGUACCCCAUGGUGCGCGACUGCAUUUUCUACUCUCUCGCCAUCCUCAUGAUGCUCGUCUCCAUCUACAAUGAAAGCAUUACCUGGAUCGAGUCCUUCACGAUGCUGGUGAUGUAUGGCGCAUACUGUGUGGUGCUGCACUACAAUGCACGACUGGAGCGCUGGGCCCAGACACUGCCAGUACCCUGUCGUGUGCAGGCUCCAGAAGAGGAGUCUGCACUCGUAUCUUACCGACAUCUAGAGGAGGAUCGCUCACGCCGACCAUCUUAUACCAGCCCACAGCAGUCAAUGGACAAGCAGCAACUGAGCUUCAGUACAACGAAUCAGGGACAGUCACCAAUUCAGCAAGAGUACUCAACUGACAUGGAGAAAGGACCAACUCCACAGCAGCAGGAGUUGCAGCAGCCAACAGGAGGGCCACCACCUGUGCCUCCACCUCCAGCAGCAAUCCCACCAACCACUGACUACUACAAACCUAAGGACUACAAUGUUCCUGAUGUUUCUCCAUUAGUUAUGCCGACUGAUGCAGGAAUGUGGGAAAAGAUUUCAUGGGGAGUAACUUUACCCAUCCAUGCAUUCUGUCGCGCAACCAUGCCAGACUGCAGGAAAGAGAAAUGGCGUCACUGGUACCCUUUUACAUUCCUCGUGUCAAUGGUUUGGAUCUCAUUUUACUCUUACAUAAUGGUCUGGAUGAUCACAAUUAUAGGUAGUACACUUGGGAUACCAGACACAGUGAUGGGUCUGACUUUCAUGGCAGCUGGCGUUAGUGUCCCUGAUGCACUCUCCAGCUUGGCAGUUGUCAAAGAAGGGUAUGGUGAUAUGGCAGUUUCAAAUGCAGUGGGCAGUAAUGUGUUUGAUAUACUGAUCUGUCUUGGGCUUCCAUGGUUUAUGCAGACUGCAAUUAUAAAUCCAGGUAGCACAGUUAAUGUCUAUAGCAAAGGUCUUACAUACUCAACUUUGUCUCUGCUGUCAACUGUUGUAUUUCUAGUGGUUACAACCCAUCUUAAUGGUUGGAAACUUGACAAGAAGUAUGGUGUCAUUCUGAUGGUAUGGUAUUUGUUGUUCAUCACUUUCGCCAGUUUAUAUGAACUUAAUGUAUUUGGGUAUAUGAACCCACCAGAAUGUCAUAGUGACUUCUGAAUUCAGUUUCCUAUAGCAUUACAGCUUUGCAAAACGCUGAAUUGUUAUAAAAUACAGAUGUGUUCAGAAUUAACUGUCAGAGAUGGGAGGUGUCUGGCAUGUAAGAAACUAAAUAUAUGAUCUGUUUAAUUUAAAUAGGAAUAGAGUCUUGUAUUGAGUAUUUAAGAAUGAAUGGUAAAUGUUGUUUACUUUUUUAAAUGACAUAGAGGCUGUAAGAGUUGUUUACUCUUAAUAAUUUAUACCAAGUUGAAGAGCCACUCUUGUGCAUAGAUAAUAGAAAAAUUAUAUAGCAGAAAAGCCAUCUGAUGACUAUUCAUUCUUAAGCUUCCAAAUGAGACAGAAUAAGAAUGAUGAUUGCUUUGGCCUAAUUCUGCAGCAACUUCAUAUUGUGCCGAAAUUUUGUGUGUGUGUGUGUGUGUGUGUGUGUGUGUGUGUGUGUGUGAUCUUGUUGUAUGGCUCUGUGUUGUCUUUUUGCUGACAAUUAUAUUACAAAGUCACACUGUGUGUUCAAGUGUGUUAACAAACUGUAACACAAGCCAUAAAUGCUUAGACAUAGAACUUGAAAACUUUUUGAUGUACCAGUUCACUGACAGCAUUGGCUAAUGAAGCUGACAGCCUGCAUCAUCUGAAAAAAUUGUAUCACUUACUAGGCAAUUUUUCAAUGUGUAAAAAACAAAAUAUUUUGUAAAGAUGUUAUAAAACCAGGACACACAACUGAACAAAUGUUUGGGAAGUGAUAGUGUUGUUUAUAAUAAUGAUAUACAUGUUAUUUGAUGGUUUCUGACAGUUUAUCACAAGAAGAUUGAUUUGAAACAAAUAACACACAGAGCUAUAUGGCUCUUAUCUCGCACAUAAGCUGUUACUGUUGGAAAUACUAUUUAAAGAAAAAAUACAAAAAAAAUUGGAUAUUUUUGAGGUUAGUUGGUUGUUGAUGUAAAUACAAAGAAAAACUGUAGAACUAAUUUGAUAUGAAGUGUGAGAAUGACAGGAUAGAUUUUGUUUAGAAAAAGAUAUGUGGUCAAAUAAACUGUAUGUACAACAUAUGACAAUAAUUAAAGCCUUAUUGUAAUACUUGUCCUGUUACCUUAAAGCUUAUACAAAAGAGUAAUCUAGCUUCUAAUGUACAAGUGUUUUAGAUUUUAGCUCACUCAGACAUGAACAGAAAAAUUCUAGCUCAUGUGAUAUACAACCUGUAAAUUAUUGUGAAUCUUUAUUUUCUAGAAGAGCUGCAUUUAUAAUACAAGGCCACCAAAAUCCAUUUGUUUCCAGGUACCUUUCCUUCACAACUAAUACAAACAAGAAACUAUCUGAUCUAAUAUGACAAAAGAGCUCUACUAAUUUAGGUAUUUCUGUGGGAAACACAUGGCUAAUAACUGCAGAUUUAAUUGUGCUUGUUAAGACUGAACAUCAUGUAGACACCUUUUCUGUGGUUGGGUUUCUGCUUACACUAACAUGAAUAUAAGAGCAUUUGCUGUACAUCUGGAAAACUGAGUGAGAUAUUUGUAAACUAAAAAAAAAUCACAUUGUUUAACUUUGUUCUUAUUUUUGAGAGUCUGAAUAACUGUUGUUUCUUAUUAACCACAUAAAUGUGGCAAAAGCAUAUGUGUGACAUAUUGUAUGCCACCAAAAAUACAGUUCACUGUUAACCUGACAGAGAAACGAAAUUAAAUUCUAACACUAUUCAAGGACUAUAUAAUUCAAAUGUCAAAAUUAACUGUGUAAUUACUUUUGUAAGCUAAGCCAAACAAUGAAGGAAAACACAUUCGAUUAAUUUCAGUUGUGCUCUCAGGCUGUUCUGUCAUGUAUUGCUCAAAUAAUAGUUCACAAAAUGAUUCAUGUCAUAGAAAAACAACUACUUAAAAUGUGCUUUUAUGAUACCCUAUGCAACAAUAACAGUCAUGUUAAAGAAAGAAACAAAACAGUUGAGAACCACAUUCCUUUUGUAUUCUGUAUUCUUUGUGCUCUCAGUUCCACAGCUAAUU